AAAACCGUAGUACGUUUAUUGUCCAAUCACAAAACCUGCCAUUUCACUUUAUUUACAUUCGCUCGGCGCUACUAACAGCUGCAUUUGUUGUGGUCCUUUCACUCUGCGAGAUUUUGUCGUUUCGUUAUGCCUUCCAAAUCUUAGCGAAGUAGUAGCUUUCCGUGGCUGUAAAUCUAGCAAAUAAGUCGAAAGAAUGAAGGUUGACUAACGUUUUCUCUUUCUUUGCGUAGUUUUAACUAAGUUGUCCAAGCAAAUACCGACAGGGUGGGCAUUGAUUAACCGAUGUCAAGUUGUUAAUUAAAUCGCGGUAGCGUAACAUUGAUCAUUUGUGAUGUAGGCUACGGUAACAUUAUUCGCAUGCGGGAGAGAACGUAACAUUUGUAGCUUAUCAAAGAAUGUAAAAUGGUAUUGUGUCGUAUUUAUCCGUUAGCCCAGGGCUUAGCAAUACAAGUGUGAAUCCUUAUCCUAGGGUUAACAAACUAUUGUGUGAACCCGGGGCAAGUGUCUACAUGUCACUAGGACCAUUAACCCGGGGCGAAGAUAGCAAUGCAGUGAUAAAAGGCCUAGAUGUACUUGUUGCAAUGGUGCGGCUAAUUGUAAACAAUAAAUUGGGACAACAUAUACAGAAUCUGAAGAAGGAUGACAUACAAAUAUAUACAGCUGAAAAUAAGCAUAUGAUAUACAUUAAUUUACAUUUGUUUACAGCAUAUUCAAUGCUAUCUAGAUGCCAAGCUUAGAAUGCAGUAUAGUGCAGCUUAACGGUUUAAAGGUGUCUUGGUGUUUUGAGUAUGGUCAAGUUAGUGUCUUUGGGGAUGAUGGCUGGUUGCUGAGGGCCACAUCACCGGGAAAUAAAUGUUUUGAACAUGAUUGACCUUCUCUUCCGCUGCCUAUUACCUUACAGAGAAGUAUUGUGGAACAAUUGACAAUCUAACAGUCAAGCCCUCAGUUUCAUCUACAAGAGGUGGGGGACAUUUCCUGAGUCAACCACGACCUCCAGAGGUGGGUUUUAAUCUAUAAGAAAGGAUACCAAUCGAGGGAAGAAACGGUUCAGAGCUCUGUCAUUACAAAGUUGAAAGGAGUGGUCAUGACCAACAACACAGAAUCUGGACCUCAUCUGUGGGGAGCUGAGGAUUAUGUUAUACCUCCAUCGGGUGAACAAGUCUUUUUCAUUGUUACAAAUUACAUUGAGACCCCAAAUCAGAGGCUUGGGUUUUGUGCUGAGAGCUCUAAAGUACCAGAUGGCCAAUGUGUAAACCAUGAGGAUUGUGCAGAGGGAGAUGCAGUAGUAGCCGGUCAUGGAGUAAAGACUGGAGUGUGUUUAAACUCUACAGGGACAUGUGAGAUACAUGGCUGGUGUCCUGUUGAGACGGGCCGGAAACCCCUGGUGGCUUUAUUAAGCAAGGCAGAAAACUUCACAAUUUACAUCAAGAAUUUCAUCAGAUUUCCAAAGUUUGAAUUCUCUAAGUCCAACAUCCUGGACACCGGUAAUGACUCAUAUCUGAAGAGAUGUUCAUAUGACAAUGUCCUCCAUCCCUACUGCCCCAUUUUCCGUCUGGGAGACCUAGUUAGCAGGACUGGGCACAACUUUCAGGACAUGGCUGUAGUGGGUGGGUCAGUGGGAAUUUUGAUAGAGUGGAUUUGUGAUUUGGAUAAGGACUACUCACAGUGUAACCCAGCGUACAGCUUCACUCGUUUGGAUAUUAACUUAAACAGCUCUGUCACGUCUGGCUACAACUUCAGAUAUGCCCGAUAUUACAAAGAUGAAACUGGCAACAGCUAUCGGACUUUAUAUAAAGUCUAUGGGAUUCGCUUUGACAUCAUGGUGAAUGGACGGGCUGGAAAAUUCAAUAUCAUUCCAACAGUAAUAGCUAUUGGGUCUGGGUUUGCUAUUAUGGGCAUGGGAAAAUUUGCAUGUGAUAUGAUAUUUGUCUACAUGUUGAGCACAAGUUCCUUCUACCGAGACAGGAAAUUUGAGAUUCUCAAGAAAGAACGGAUUAAGAGGCACAAAGAGAGUUUGAAGACAGUUGUCAACCGAGACACAAGAAAACACAGGAAACAUGCAGCUGAAAAAGAGAAGCUCACCACACUGUCCAUGAAAAAUGAGGAGAAACCAGAGCGCACUGAUCAGGAUCUGGAGAAACAGGACCUUAAAAGUGGGAAGCAAAAGGACGUUCACAUAAUUUCUCCGCGAACUGUCGGGCAACGGUAUAAUACUCACCCUCCACGACCACGACACUGACCAAUUCAAAGUUGAGACACAUUUUUACUUACCCUUUAUUAACACAGGUUGUCCAAUUGAGGUCAGAAGACCUGUUUUUCAAGUGACCUGAAAAAAAGAUGUUCUGCUAUCAUCAAGAAGGCUAGACUGGGUCCUGUAGCAGUUGGAAAGUGAAACAAGGGGUGCAUGAGAUGGUAAUCUGGAUGUCCACCCCCUUUCUCCUUUACCAGCUGAAAUUUCUGCUCUGGAGUCAUGAACUGAUUGGUGACUGAUAGGCUAGUAAAGAAAACUGGCAAUGCUGUCCUCGCCUUACUCUAUUGGUGGAAUGGCAAUGCAGAUGCUCUACUUAGCAAGAUCAUCAAAGGAAAAAGCACCAGCACAUUUCUGUAUUAUGUAUUUGUUCAACAUGAGAGCAUAAUGCAUAUUUUUAGGGGGUUCAUAGGACAAGCAACCAAGGCAGAGGGCGGAACUAGGAUAUGUUGGUUGGGAGGUUUCUUCAUACCUAAACAAGAUGCUUGUAGUAUGAAAUCUUUGAUGAAUUGUAUUGGUAAU